GGAGAGAGCGAGGAGAGAGGAGAGAGCGAGGAGAGAGGAGAGAACAACAACAACAACAACCCUCCUCCACCCGAAACGGCGGUGGUGGUGGAGAGGUUUUUCAUUUGCCUUUACGCGCGGCUACGAAGUGUGUAACCGUACCGCCCUUUUCGCAUGCGGAAUAUAAAAAUAAUAAUAACAUUAUCAUCGUUGAAACGGUAUAUAUUUCUUAUUUUUUGUUGUUGUUUUACGGUGAACGCUAAAAAAAAAGAGAGCGAAGAGAAACAUCGGAGGAGACGUCGCCCACCGAUUAAAAGGAGUGUACAUCGGUGCACCGGGAGGACAGAGGCAGCUCAUGACUUCGGACCGAGAAAGCGAAUCUCCGGUCGUGGCCGAUACCCAGCGAGGAAGGCAAUCUCUGGUCCCAUCGAAGAGUUCCUCGGAGCUGAACCCCAACGCCAAGGCAUGGCAGGUGCUGGCGCUGAGCGGAGACGAGCCCGGGGAGCUGCCCUCUGGCACGGCCGGUGACGGCGCCUGGCACGACCCCUCUGGGAGCGCCAACAUGGCCGCCGUCGCCUACGAGGGCGCAGUGUAUGAUCAGGUGAAUGGCGAGGUGGGGAAGAUCUUCCCAAGCAUGGGAGAAUCGCCAGGCUCCGUGCACCUCCAAGAGCUCACCUCCAUCGGCGACCUGGUCCUCCAUGCGCCCGAGACUCCGUACUCUCUCUACGAGCCAGCGCUCAUCACGGGACCGCCAGUGGAUGGAGAGUUGGUGGGAGACUUUCAAAACAUGAGCAAGGAGGACCUGAAAGAGGUGCUAAGGAAACAACUGGAGUAUUACUUUUCCAGAGAGAACCUGGCCAAUGACCUAUAUCUGGUGUCCCAAAUGGACAGCGAUCAGUAUGUGCCCAUCUGGACCAUUGCCAACUUUAACCAAGUCAAAAAGCUUACGACUGAUAAGGACCUUAUUGUGGAGGUCCUCAGAUCAUCAGCAGUUGUGCAGGUGGAUGAGAACGGCGAACGAGUUCGACCUAACUACAAGCGGUGUGUCGUCAUUCUGCGGGAGAUUCCAGAGACCACUCCAAUCGAGGAGGUUGAGGCCUUGUUUGGGGGUGAACAGUGCCCGAGGUUCAUCAGCUGUGAGUUUGCUCACAACAACAGCUGGUACAUCACCUUUGAGUCGGACACGGACGCCCAACAGGCAUUCAAGUACCUGCGAGAAGAAGUGAAAACCUUCCUGGGAAAGCCCAUCAUGGCUCGCAUCAAGGCCAAGCCCAUUGCUAUCAACACGUUCCUGCCCAAGAAUGGCUUCCGGCAAGCAGAGAUCAGCAUGUACCCCCUGCAGCAACAGCAGCAGCAGCAACAACAGCAGCGCUUUGCCACACCAGUCUACCUGCAGCCCAUAUACAGCACGCCACAGCAGUUUGGCUUCUAUGGCGUGCUGCCUCCACCGGUCUGGCCCCCGUCAUCUGCUUACUUCGAAGGGCCGCUGGCGCAGUUUCCAAGCAGUGGCUUCCUGAACGGGUUCACCUCGCCUUCGCCGUUUAAACCAAUACCAGCUCCUCAGAAUCACAUCAGACACUUCUACACUCGUGGCAGAAUGCCUCUGUUCAGCAGGAAGGGUGUUAAUAACUACAGACACCAAGGCAAGCCUCACGGAAGGGCGAGCGGUAGUGAGCGCUCGACCUCGGAGGGUGGCACUCCACUGGCGACCGCCGCCACGUCUCCGGCGUGCGACCAGGCGCUGCCCAACGGCGGGGACAGCAGCCCGCAGCCCGCGACGCGGUACAGCUCUACGGCGCUCGGCAGUGCGGGCACAGGCGUGAGUGGCGGCGGCGGUUACAGCCGGAAGGACGCGGCGUCACCUCGAGCGGACAACAACUCGGCAGAAGGGCACGCGCCCUUAGCCCGGGGAAGUCGAAACGGCUACAGGACAGGAGGCCGGAGAAGAAAAGAAGAAGAACGAAUGGCUCCCAGUCCUCCUGCCCCAGUUAUACCCGAGCCGGACUUUGAGCUGGCCCCAUCCAACUUCCCCCCUCUACCUGGCGCUUCUCAAAGCAUCCGGCCGGAUGGGGUGUUUGAGAAUCGCAUGGCUGACGUCGUACGAGGGAUUCCCAGAGAAAAGCACGCAAAUAAUGACGAGAACUCGAAUUCGACGGCGGACGCGAGAGAGGGAGCGGAGAGCACGCGGAGCGCGGUGCCACAAGCCGUCGCCAUCAGCCCCCUGAAUUCCCCAACUGUGAAAACCGUCAGUGAGAGCAGGAGUAGCGUGGUGACGGUGGCGGCAGCAACUGUGGCAGACGUGAAGCAUCCGCCAAAGUCUCCGCAGCCACGAGCCACACAUGGACAGCCCGCAUCGCCUCAGCCUCAACCGCAACCCCAGCCUCCACCCCAGCCUCAGCCACAGCCCCAGUCCCAGUCCCAGCCCCAGCCAGCAUCCCCAGCAGGUGGUGGCAGCAGCAGCAGCAGCAUCGGCAGCAGCAGCAGCAUCGGCAGCCCCACAGACGUGCAGGAACCGAAGAAACUCAGUUAUGCCGAGAUCUGCCAGAGAGCGCUGAAGGACGGCACUGUCCAACUGCCAGCACAGCCUCAUUCCCAGCCCUUGGCACGGGAACACAAGACCAGCAGCAGCAGCAACAACAUUGUCCAGUCCAACUCCUCCAACAACGCCGUGGCUUGUGGCAACGAUGGAAUCGGCAGGCGUGACGGUCAGGGCCGGGCCGCCGACGGCGCGGCGGCGGCGGCAGACAAGACGGACGUGCGUUCAUCUCGCGACUCUCGCGAGCCGCAGCGGCUUGCCGGGGUUGUCGGCGGGAGGGCGGCAAUGGCGCGACGGCCUUCUCCACAGGGCUGGUACCACGGCGGGCGUCGCGCCAGCCGGGAGCACGGCACGCCACCACCCAAGUCGCCAAAGUGACCUGGCUGGCAGCGAGCGGGGGGGGGGGGGGGCAGCUUGCCCCUCUUGACCUCUGUGAGACGGUGUUGGAGGAAGGGAGGUGGGAGGAAAAGAUAAAUAAUCAAUUCCACCACACCAAGGGCAGAGCGCUCAACCAGACAAGACCCCUUCCCUAUGUGCGGUGAGAGAGUUUUGAUUGCGAAUAGAGGGAGAAAAACACACGGAAGACGAUGAAUAUAAGUCUUAACUUUUUUCCAGGCUUGACCACGACAUUUUGCACUUGAAAUGCAAGGCAUUGCCGAUGCUACGGUGUGUACAUGCCCAUUUCUUUAGAAGGGUGGUGGUCGGUGCGACAAAGAAAAGGAACAUCUACAGUCAGUACAACACCACUCAAACAUGGGUUUACAGGUACAAGUUGGACACCAAAGUGGUCAUUUUUUUCUAUUCUCCCCAGCCCCCUUUAUUUUUUCCUCCCCAUUGUGAGAUAAUAUAUGCAAAAUGCGCAACGUUUCUAUCACACUGCUGUGCAAUUCUACUAAAUAUAUACCAUUGUCAAUCGUGCGUUGUGCACACGUAGUGCAGAGCAUACAUAUUUAUUUAAAGCAGGCGUUACCCAUUGUUUAAAAGUCGAAUAUAUCUCGCGCUCAGGCAACCUGCUGGCAAGAAAAAUGGGCAGCAAACAUUUCAACAUUUUCUGAAAAAAUAUAUAUAACAAUCUGGUAAUCUUUAAAUAAUGAUGGGCUUUAUAUGUGCAAUAGUUUCAUUCAAAAAUCUGAAUACUACUGUUCCAAAGCCAUUGUUUUAACUCGGUGUUUGUUUUUUCUCAAACAACGUGGGGGGCUUUUUCAGCCGGUAAAAUUCGAUGCCAGGUAAUGGACAGAUGUCAUGGCCUGCUGCCAUGCUAUUGGGAAAUGCGCCCACACAGCAUGUGAAUUUCAUGGAAAGAUCCCUUCCAACAACAAGCGAUUUGAUGGAGCGAGCAAAACUUUGCUUACGUUUCAUUUUGACUUUUUUCUCUAACACUUCCCCCCCCCCCCCCCCCGAUGUGAUGCGGUAAAAUAACUCUUCAAAGAAAGAAAUUGAAAAGCGUGCAUUUCAAAGGUGAAGGCAACCAUCGCAUGAGUUGGGAUGCAUGCAAUUGAACCGGCGCAGCCCACAUGCUUGGGUGGAUAAGCCCCCCCCCCCCACUUGUCCCCUCAUUACAGCAUGGUUUACCCAUUGUGGUUUACCCAUUGUGGGUUUGCCCAUUGUGGGUUUGCCCAUUGUGGGUUUGCCCAUUGUGGGUUUGCCCAUUGUGGGUUUGCCCAUUGUGGGUUUGCCCAUUGUGGUUUGCCCAUUGUGGUUUGCCCAUUGUGGUUUGCCCAUUGUGGUUUGCCCAUUGUGGUUUGCCCAUUGUGGUUUGCCCAUUGUGGGUUUGCCCAUUGUGGGUUUGCCCAUUGUGGGUUUGCCCAUUGUGGUUUGCCCAUUGUGGUUUGCCCAUUGUGGUUUGCCCAUUGUGGUUUGCCCUGAAUUGGUGCGUUUGGUUAAAGUACCCAAAAAACGUGGACAUUAUUUUUGGUGUAAAUAGAACCCAACCCGGGUUGCUUUAAAACUCAACGCGAUAUACCACGAUUUAAAGAACGUUGCGGUCGCAGUUAGUUGCAAGGCAGAGUUGAGCGUGCUUAUACCGUAGGGGCUGGAAUGAGCACGCGAGCGCUAAAAUUUCGGAGGGUUUGAAUCCCCAUUUUUUUUUUUGGCGCUGCCUUUUUGAAGCACUAGAAAUGCCUUGUGUUCGUUACAGACAAAAAAAAUUAAAGGAAAAAACACCGAGAUGUCUUUAUGUGAAGUAUGAUAUUGUCCAUCAUCUCGUCUCUUCGACAACGUGAGGCAUGUACAGGCCAAAAUAACGUACAGUUAAUAAAAGCCUGUUUAUUUAUUGCGGCAGCAUUUCUCGGUGCUUGCCAUUCUGUGCAUCGCUUACAUGUUAAAGUCGGCCAGACCUGCAAUGUCAUGUGUACAUAUGCCAAUCUGUUGGCGAAAAUCAAAUAACCACAGCGAUUGAUAAUAUUAACUGUACAUAGUGUGUUACCUGUGUCAAAGACGCUAUUGCUGUUAAGUGACAAAAAGUUGUAUAUCUAAAUAAUUAAUAUAAAUGGCUUGUAGAGUAGAUCUGACAAAUCACAAAAUACAGUCUAAGCGAUGAUUAUAAAACUGGAACAUCAUAUGGAUCAGCUACUUGUGAAAAACAAACUCAAUGCUAGUUUAUCAGGUGGUAAAUGUUGCCAGAGUGCUGGGAAUAUACAGGCUCUUGAAGUCGAAUCCAUUAAUCGUAGCAUAGUGCUCAAAAAAGGUAUUAAAAAACUAAUUGAUCACGGGACAGUUUUUGCACUGUAUUUAGAUAUAUCAGUCAUGAGAUUGAGAACGUGUAAGCAGUGUUGAUUGUUUAAAGGAGAG